UAAAACACAUUUGAGUAAAUAUUUAACCCAAAUUGCGUUUCUCCUCUCACGAUUGUUGUAAAUAUAAUUUUAUUAAUAAUCAAAAAGUUUUCGGAUUUUUUUUUCACUUUUUGUUUUUGAUAUUGAAUCAUUGUUCAUUUCUUUUUUUUCUUGUUCUGUUGAGUCAUUGGAAUCACAAAACACCUAACACUUUUAUUAGCCCAGUGAAAAUUUGCAAAAAAAAACAAACAAAAGUAUUCAUUUAUAUCCCUUGUUUAUAAUUAUUAUUAAUCGAUUCAAAUCAUAAAGAUCAUCAUCAUCAUAAUAGGUUUCGUUUUUUAAACAAUUGUUUCGUAUAAAUCUAUUUAUUCAAAAAAAAUCAAUCAUCAGCUAAAAUGUCCGAUUUAGAAAUUACUGAUUCUUCUGCUGUAACGGGAUCAAAUGAUCUGGUAGCUGAAUUUCUUGCACGUGAACAAUCUGUUCUUGGUGAAAUUGAUGAUGAUUUUAAUAAAGAUGGUCAAAUAACAGCAACAUUACCAUCAUCAACAAAUGAUGAUUUGUUUGAUUCCGAUGAUAUCAAAUUAAAUGGCGAUUUUAAUGAAUCGCAACCAGCUAAUGGUGAAAUUGAUAAUCUUUCUAAUGGCAUAUUGGAAGUAUCGUUAGAAAAAUCAACAACUGGAAACAAUGCCGAUCCACCGCAAUCAAUGAUGAUGAAUCAACCAAUCAUACCGGCUGAAGAACCAGAAUCAAUAAAAAGAUGGCGUGAACAACAUGUCAAAAAUCUUGAACUUAAAGAUCAAGAAGAGAAGGAAAAAAUUGAAGAACUUAGAAAACAGGCUAAAAAAGAAUUAGAAGAAUGGUAUAAAAGAUAUCAUGAAGAAGUGGAAAAAACUAAAAAACAGAAUAGAGAAAAUAGCAAAGCUGCCGAAAAAGAAUGGAUAGCUGAACGUGACAAUGAACAACCGGCUAGCAAUGGUCAAGCAUGGGAAAAGAUUAAUCGAAUGUGUGAUUUUAAUCCUAAAACAUCACGAAAUACACGUGAUACAUCGCGUAUGCGUUCAAUAUUGUUACAGCUAAAACAGAAUCCACCGGCAUCUUCAUCAUCGAUGAGUGGUCUUCUAGGUGGUCAAAGUGCAUCAUAAUUAAUAGAAA